AUGUCGUCUUCGAUUCCGCAGGCUUUCAAGAGCUUGCAUAUCACAUCUGCAGAGUCGAAAUCUGAUCACGAACACAUAUUUGAAGUGUCAUACGAAUACUUAUCUAAGAUCAAGAACUUUGAAGAUGUUAAAUCUUUCCAUAAUUGUAUUGUUGCUUUAAUAAACAUGGAUAAAUAUCAUAAAGCUAACAUUUUAUUGAAAGAAGUUCCAAAAGAAGUCUCUGAUCAAUUACCUGUUGAAAAAAUUUACAUUUAUUAUAAGUUAGGGUUAUCUUCAAAGUUAAAUGAAGUAUAUGAAAAUUUAUCAAAUGAUAUUAAUGAAAUUGAAUUAAGAGCCAUAAAACAUAUUUUGGCUCAACAUUCUUAUCAAAAAGGUGAUAUUUUCAAAGCUUUAUCGUUAUAUCAUGAAUUAAUCACUAAUAAUCAAAAAAUUGAUAAUGAAUUAGAUUUAGCAUGUAAUGAAAGAGCAGUUAUUAGUCAAAUCACAAAUCAUGAUAAAUUUAAUGAAACUUCCAAAAUUUUAUCCACCAUUACUGAUGAAAACAGUUAUGAUUUAUUAUUCAAUAACUCAUUGAUUGAAUUAUCUAAAGGUAAUUUAGAAAAAUCAUUGGAACUUUUAAAUAUUGCUACUGAUAAAUGCACUUCAGCAAAUAUUGAUUCAGAUCCACAAGAGAUAUUAAUGGAAUUAGCUCCAAUGAAGUUAACAAUUGCAUAUAUUUAUCAAUUACAGGGUAAUAUUUCAAGAGCAAAAUCAAUGUUAGAUGAUGAUGAAUUAAAAAAUGUAAAUGAUUUAAUGAUUAAUUUGAUUAUUAAAAAUAAUUAUCAUUCAUUAAAUAAAUCAUCAGAAAUUAAUUUGAUUCAUCGUGAUUUAGACUACCAAUAUAAUUUACAUCACUUGGAACAAAAAUUAAUCAAAUCACAACAUCAAACUUUAUUACAGAAUCAUUUAUUAUUAUCUUACCAAUCAAGUACAAUUAGUAAAAAUUCAUCCUAUUUAUCUAAUGCUUCUAUUGAAAAAUAUUUGAAAAGCUUCCCUGGAGAUUUCACUCCAAUAAUUUAUAAAGUCUUAUUAGCUUUACAAAUUGAUAUUAAUGAUUUAAUCAAUAUUGAUUAUAAUAAAGCCAUUAGUAGGAAACUAUUCAAAUAUAUUUCAAACAAAGUGGAAAAUGACGAUUUGAAAAUUACUGCUGCAUUUUUAUUAAAUUCAGUUAACUCGAAAAGUGGCCAUUAUGAUCAAUCAAUCUACGUUUUUGAGAAAAUGACUAAUGAAUUAAUUAAUGAAUCAAGAUUAAUCCCAAGUGUUAUUGGUAGUUUAAUAAACUUAUACGAAACUUUAAACCAUUCAAGUAAGUUGAAUCAAUUGAUCUUGUCAUUAAUUGAAAAGUUUGAAUCGAUCCCCCAAAAUGAAAUCUUUGAUAACUUUGAUUUGUAUAAUCUUAUCAAAGUUAUCGGAUUCAAAUUAAUCAAUUUGAAUGACGAGGAAAAUGCUAACAAAGUUUUCCAAAUUUUAAAAUCAACCGGUAAAGAAGAUUUGCUUAUCGAUAGUAUUUCAUCUAAAGAUUCUUCUAAGUUAUUGCCAGUAAAUAGUUUAGCUUCCUCAACUGAUGUUGAAACUUUACUUGAGACUAAUAUCGACUCAUUGAUCACCAAACCAACCACAUCAAAAUCUAUACCAGUUUCAAAAACUGAUAAGGAAAAACCAAAUAAAAUUUCUAAGAAAACCAAAAAACCAAAAUUUUCAAAACACAAAUUUUAUAAACCUGAUUCUGAAUUUAAUCCAGAAAAAGAAUUAGAUAGUGAAAGAUGGUUACCUUUGAAAGUCAGGUCUUACUACAAGCCUUCCAAAAAGGAUAAGAAAAGAUCAGGUGGUCAUCAAGGAAUCGUUGAUAAUUCACAAUCACAACCCCAACCCCAAUCUUCUUCCGCUAGUAAGAGUAAUGCAAACAAAAAGAAGAAGAAGAAGGGUAAAAAGUAAAUUGCUUUAACUCCAGCUUCACAAAAUAAAUAAAUAAUAUAAAUAAAUUGUAC